GCCACUGGAAAGAGCCCCUGAAAAGAAAAACUAUUACACGAAACAUAUAUUAACUUGUAGCUUCUACUUCGAAUUGAAGGUAUUCAAAUCCCAGAGUCCCAGAUUGCUCCCAAUCCACGGACACCACUUUCUCUUCACAUCAUAAAUGGCUACUUCGGAAGCCGUUGAUUUUGCUCGGAAUUUCGCAGUUAUGGUCAGAGUUCGUGGUCCUGACCCAAAAGGGAUGAAGAUGAGAAAACACGCUUUUCAUCAAUACCGUUCUGGCGAAACAACUCUUUCAGCUUCAGGGGUGCUUUUACCUGAUACCCUUGUUGACUCUCAAGUAGCUAGGCGUCUCUAUGGUGACUACUAUAAUGAGGAUAGGGUAUUGGUUGUGACAGUUGCGUCAGUUGUUGAGCCUUUUCUAUCCUCCCAACACAGAGAGAAUAUUCCUCAGGGUAGGCCUGAGUUGGUUUCUGGGGUUCGGAUUGAUGUUAUGACAGAGAAAACCAAUGAAAAAUCUAAUCAGGGAACUCCUUGUUGGCUUGUGGCGCAGCUUUUGUCAUUAGUUGAUAUUCCUGAUUCAGCUGAUUGUCUCCAGACUCUUAUUGAAGCAUCUUUGGGCUUGCCAGAGAACGAAUGGGAGGUUGGCUGGUCUUUGACAUCUUACAACAAUGAUUCUCAACCUUCUAAAGAGUUUUUUCAAAAUCAGGGAAGAUUGGCUGUGGGAGGAUCUGGCAGUGCAAGUCUUAUGUGCAGAUCACUCACUAGAAUGGCCAUCCUUAGUGUUUCUUUAUCUUUUAUGGAUUCGUUGGAUAGUAAAGUAUCAGCCAUGAAUAAAAGGGGUGAUUUUCUUCUGGCAGUUGGGUCUCCUUUUGGAGUCCUGUCACCUACGCACUUUUUUAACAGUAUAUCAGUAGGAUGCAUUGCAAACUGCUAUCCUCCUCAUUCAUCUGAUGGAUCAUUGCUGAUGGCUGACAUACGCAGUCUUCCUGGAAUGGAAGGCAGUCCAGUUUUCAGCGAGCAUGCAUAUCUUACUGGUGUCUUGAUCCGACCAUUGAGACAGAAGACAAGUGGAGCAGAAAUCCAGCUGGUGAUUCCAUGGGAGGCCAUUGUGACUGCUUCUAGUGGCUUGCUGCGGAAGUGGCCUCAGAACACGGUGAAAGGGUCAUAUAAUCAGGAGAACCCUCAUGCUGUAGGAAAUGGGCCUGUCUUUGACACCACCACGUUAGCUGUAUGCUCUAGGAAUAAACAUGAGCAUUUAAAUUUCAGUAGUUCCUCACCCUUACCAAUUGAGAAGGCAAUGGCUUCUGUCUGUCUUGUUACUGUUGGUGAUGGAGUAUGGGCAUCUGGUGUUUUGCUAAACAGUCAAGGUCUCAUACUUACAAAUGCUCAUCUGUUGCAACCGUGGAGAUUUGGUAAAGCACACAUAAGUGGUGGGGGAUAUGGAACCAACCCAGAAAAAUUCUUGUCAAUGUUGGAGGGAUCCACUUAUCUUGGAAGCAGAGUUGAGAGCAAUCAAGUUAGUCAAACUUUACCAUCAAAAAUGCCAAUUCAUGACGACCAUAGAAACAUUUGUGUACGUCUUGAUCAUAUCAAACCUUGGAUUUGGCGUGAUGCAACAGUAGUUUUCGUCUGCCAAGGACCAUGGGAUGUUGCCUUACUGCAGCUUGAAUCUGUUCCAGAUAAUCUUUUGCCUAUUGUAAUGAAUUUUUCCAGGCCAUCCACAGGAUCAAAGGCAUUUGUCAUUGGCCAUGGAUUAUUUGGCCCUAAGCGUGGACACUUCCCAUCUGUUUGCUCUGGUGUGGUGGCAAAAGUGGUGGAAGCAAAGACUCCUCAAUCUUAUCUGUCCAUUCAACCUGAACACAUGCACACCCAUGGGCACUUCCCAGCAAUGCUUGAAACAACAGCUGCUGUUCAUCCGGGUGCCAGUGGUGGUACUGUGAUCAAUUCAGAUGGUAACAUGAUUGGCCUGGUUACAAGCAAUGCAAGGCAUGGUGGAGGAGCUGUAAUACCUCAUCUUAAUUUUAGCAUUCCAUCUGCUGCUUUGGCACCCAUCUUCGAAUUCUCUAAAGACAUGCAGGAUCUAUCAAUUCUACGGAUUCUAGACGAACCAAAUGAAUACCUUUCAUCUAUAUGGGCAUUGACGCGACCAUCAUAUCCCAAGAUCCAUCCUAUGCAUGAUCCACCUCAGGCUGUUACAGACAAUAAUAGUAAAGAAGAGAAGGGUUCUCGGUUUGCCAAGUUCAUUGCUGAAAGAAAGGAAAUUUUCAAUGGGAUUUCUCAUGUUGGAAAGAGUGGAGUGCUUUCUAAGGAAGUUAUUCCUAGUAAGCUAUGAUCUCUGAUGAAGUGACUAUGUUUACUUCCGCUGAAUGACAGUGACAAAGCAUUGCUAGCAUACAAUGAAGUGACCAUGUUUUCUUUCCUGUAUUUGUAAUUUUCUGACUGAAAUCUUCUGAACUGCAUUGUUAGCCCAAAGAAAAUCAAGGAAAUAAAUUUCCAAAUGAUUAUGCUUUUACUUUGU